AUGGCUCCAGAAGCCACCCCGUCACCUCCCCCUCCACCGCGAUGGGCCAUCGAAAUGAACGCUGCUACACCUCCGCGACCCCUGAAAUCAACCAAUAUCCCUGAUCCACCGGGCUAUUCCGCCAGCAAACCCAUUACAAAGCAGCAGCGAACUUCCCCACAACACCAACAACAAUCCACCACCACCGCCGCCGCCCUCCGCAAAGCCGCCGAAACCGACGCGCUAAAAUUAAAAAAGGCCUGGGAACUCGCCCUGGCGCCCACAAAGCAACUGCCCAUGAACGCAAUCAUGAUGUAUAUGUCCGGCAACAGCCUGCAGAUAUUCAGCAUCAUGAUGGUGUUCAUGCUGUUCAAGGGGCCCAUCCAGGGUCUACUGAAUACGAACAGCGCUUUUGUGAAGUUUGAGACGGAGAGUACUAGGGGGCAGAUGCUAGGGGUUAAGGCUGUGUAUGUGCUGAUGCAGUGUGUUUUGCUGGCGCUCGGGGUGUGGAAGGUUAAUGCAAUGGGGUUAUUGCCGACUACGAGAUCAGACUGGCUAGCGUGGGAGACAGAGCGCCAACCUUUGGAACGAGCAUAUUUUGCCUUUAAAUGAGAAUAUAUUUCUCUCGUCCGAAACCAUUU